UAUGAACCCCCCUCUCUCAGCCCCUUUUUCUAUUUUUAAUUUUUUUAUUAAAACGGUAUUUCUUAAGUAAUUGAAGGAAGGGUAAAGCAAAUUGAAAUGGAGAGGAAGAAACCCACCGAUUCCAACUCCAACUCUAAGUUGAACAUAGCCAUCAUACACCCAGAUCUUGGCAUAGGUGGAGCUGAGAGAUUGAUUGUUGAUGCGGCUGUUGAAUUGGCAUCCCAUGGGCACAAUGUUCAUAUUUUCACAGCUCAUCAUGAUAAAAAUCGAUGCUUUGAGGAAACCCGUGCCGGUAUCUUUCCGGUUACUGUGUACGGAGACUUCCUGCCUCGACAUAUUUUCUAUCGCCUUCAUGCUGUAUGUGCAUAUCUUCGCUGCAUUUUUGUUGCACUUUGUGUGCUGUUCAUGUGGCCUUCGUUCGACGUCAUACUAGCAGACCAGGUCUCUGUUGUCGUCCCAUUGUUGAAGCUUAAACGAUCAACCAAGGUUGUAUUCUAUUGUCAUUUUCCGGAUCUUUUACUUGCUCAACAUACAACUUUGUUGCGGAGGAUAUAUCGAAAACCUAUCGAUAUUAUAGAAGAACUGACAACAGGAAUGGCAGAUAUGAUACUUGUUAAUAGCCGAUUUACUGCAUCUACCUUUGCAAAAACAUUUAAGCAUCUCCAUGCACGAGGAAUUAGGCCAGCCGUUCUUCACCCUGCAGUUAAUGUGAACCAGUUCGACAAGCCCUGUUCUUUUAAGUUGAAUUUUCUCUCCAUCAAUCGGUUUGAAAGGAAAAAGAACAUAGAAUUAGCGGUUUCUGCUUUUGCAAUGCUUCGCACCCUUGAUGGAAAUGUUGAUCGAGGUUCGAACUUUGCUGAUGCAGACUUGACAAUUGCCGGUGGAUUUGAUAAACGUCUACGGGAAAAUGUUGAGUACUUGGAUGAGCUCAAAAGCUUAGCGGAGAGGAAUGGAGUGGCGGGUCAGGUUAAUUUUGUUACAUCGUGCUCAACAGCUGAAAGGAAUUCUCUGCUCUCUGAAUGCCUAUGUGUCCUUUAUACGCCAACAGAUGAACACUUCGGCAUCGUUCCGUUAGAGGCGAUGGCAGCGCACAAACCUGUCAUAGCGUGCAACAGCGGUGGUCCAGUGGAAACAAUUAAGAAUGGGGAAACCGGAUUUCUUUGUGAUCCAUCUCCGAAGGACUUUGCUUUGGCUAUGGCUAAAUUCAUUCAAGACCCAGAGAUGGCAAAGAGAAUGGGAGAACAGGCUAGGCAGCAUGUGAACGAAUCAUUCUCAACAACGACAUUCGGCCAGCGUUUGAAUCAGUUUCUUCUCGAUGUUGCUAGAACUAAGUGGGACUAGAAGUCGGGAAUCGACAUUGACAAUGAUCUUUUGCAGCAUACUUAUGCAGACACACUUAAGAUACUAUAUACAGACACACUUAAGAUGCUCGUUAUGUUACUCGGAUUAUUUAUUUUUUUCCGAAGAGUAUCACGAAUUGAAUCAAAAUUAAUGAAAAAAACUAUGAGGAUUUGUUGAUCUAA